AAAACCCUUGAGCCGUCACCAAUGGCGGACCUCGAAACCCUAGCCACGCCCGCCCCUGCCUCUGCCUCCACCAAGAAGAAGAAGAAACACUCCAAGAAGCACAAGGCCGCCAGUGACGCCCCCACCAAUGUCACCGUCGACGCAUCCCUUAUGGGCGGUUCCUCCUACGUCGCGGCCGCCCCCGUGGUCGGCUACUUCCCCUCCGGGUACGACCCACUCACUACCGCUGCCGGGGCGGAGUCUGCCCCCGGCACCCAGCUCUUCCGGCACGAGAAGCAUCCCACCUGGGUGGACCUCGUGGUCCGGAGCCCCGGCGGCGGACACGACUUCGUUGGCCGGAGCUAUGCCGGUGAGGCCGCCGUGCCGCAGGUCUGCGACUACGCGCUUGGCGUCCUUGACAAGGCCUCCGGCACUCUCAGGAUCGUGCCCAUCGCUGGCAAAAAGAUUCUGAGGCUAGAGCCACAUCUUGAAGUGCAGCAUCCAGCGCAUUCGCAGCACUCUGAGGUGGCAUCAGAAGCGGCUUCAGCUGCAGGAAAUGAUGAAUUGAAGGUUCAGGAUCUGACAAUGAUGUAUGGAGCCAAGACGGACAGGGACAAGGACAAUAAGUGGAGAUCGUUAAAGGAACAAAGGAAUGAUCCUUCCGCUUAUGAGGACAUUGAUCUUGGAAUAUCAGAGACCAAUGUCAACGCCAAUGAUAGGCAGGAACCUGUACUUGUUCGGAACAUUCCACCUUAUGAUCCUACCGCAGAUACAUCAGAAAAUGCAUAUCUUUUGGACGAGAUUAUUCCAAAGAGUAUGCGGGAGCAUCUUUUGGAAAUUGUCCGUCAUUUUGAAUCAGGAGAAAUCUCCUCAAAAGGCUAUGGGAGUUUUGUCUCAAAACGUGUGCACAAGUUAAAGGAGCUUCAGGGUGAAGAUAAAAAGAGGUUUGCUUGGAUACUUUCCUACAUCCAACAUCUCCUAUCUCUAUUGGCGCGGAAUGGCUCCAUGUCCAAUCGCAAAUGGAAAGGCAGAAAUGAAAACCAGAUAAGCCAUGGACCAGCAACCCCGCAGGCUGUAUAUCGCAGGCUGCUGUUCAUGUUUACAGAACCGGGGUCCAGUGUCAUGCCAACAGAGAAAAAAGAGCUUCUGACCAACUACAUAUUGGUCCUAACACUUUUUGCCGAUGACUUCAGAUCCAACCCCAGCGACAUAUGUGAGGACCUUAAAAUGACCCGCCAAAAUCUUAAACCAUACUAUGACCAGUUGGGAUGCAAAUCUGUGACAGAAGGUGCUUUUAAGUCUACUUUCAUGACGCUCCCAGCCCCUCUCAAGUUCCCAAAGGAAGUUACGAGAAAGCGGCGACGGCAGUAGGGCUUUUAUCCAAAGGAGACAAGGAGAGAAACCAAUGGCUAUUUAUCUCAGAAAUGGCUUGCAUUACUUGAAUGGAUGGCUGGAUUGGAAAUACUCCCUAUCGAAGGCAAGAAGUAAAGGCAUCGAUGCUAGGGGCCCGAUUUUAAUAGUGUACUGGAAAUGAAAAGUUGUCCUGUGUUUCAUCUCGUUUUGUUUUUAGUUGCUCAUCGACAUUUUCUUGUUAAGGAAACAUGUCAUCUAUGUAUUGAUAAAUGUUUGUCUAUCUGUAUGAGUGAAUGUAUUGAAAUG